AUGAAACAUAUUGAUCAACUUAAAGAGUAUUAUGGAUAACAAUAAUUGAUAUUUGAGAAAGAUCUGGAUUAAAUGAGAAAUCACCUUUCAAGAGUUGACAAUGUUAGAUUAAAGGCAGAGAAGGAGCUAUUGUAUUUACAAUCUAAAGCCAAAGAACAAAAGGUUUGGGACAUCGUGGAUCAAACUCCCUUUUUGCCUGUAAUUGAAGGAGAUAGAAUAUUUAAAACUACCAAAUUUGUUAACUCCAAUUUAACAGAAGCUGAAAAAAGAUAAUUAUUGUUACAAGAAUAUUAUAGAAAUGACAAAGCUCGAAAUGCUAUCAGAUAACUAUAUAAUACUAAUAAUCAAUAUGAGGAUGAUCAAACAGUACCCGAAUUAUAUACUGAAACACAAUUAAUCCUGCCGAAAAUUCAUGCUUAAACUACUUAAGUUUUUGAUGAGUCCCUACUUAGAGAUUUAUAAUCAAUGAAAAAUAGAGAAGAUGAAAUUACCAAAAGAUUAUAAGCUAACGAAAUUACUUAAAUUAAAAAUCCCUCUGACUAUUAAAGAAUGCUUGAAAACCAAACUAUAUUACCCAUCUUGUAGAGUAUGAAGAACGAAGGCUAGAGAUCUAUUGUUACUCCAAUGGAAAAUCAUUAGUAAGUAGAAUCAGCGUAGAAAAAACUAAGAUCAGAAGGUGAUUCUGCUUAAAUUACAUUUGUUAAUGAGUAUGAACCCUAAAACCAGCAAAUGUAAAACACAUAAUAGCAGUUUGAACUUGACUUUACUGGGGAACAUUAAAGAACUGAAGAGCUCUUAUUAAAUGAAUCAGAAAUACCAAAGGCAUAGGAUCAAAUGUUUGAAUAUGAAGAAUAAUAAUCAUUUUAAGAACCUUAGGAUCCUAUUGAUGAAAAAAUAGAUGAAUUAUUAACCAACAUUCAAUAAAUUGUUACUCACUAAUAUUAGCCUCAUCAAUCCAUAUAAAAAACCAAUAAUGCUUUAUAAACUACUUGGAAAUUGGCAAUUGAAAAAGAUCAAAUUGCACCUAAAUAAAGGCCAAAGGAUUUCAAACCUGUUAAUUUCCUAAAAAAGCCUAUCGUACAAUAAGAACAAAUACUUUACAAGCCGUUAGUACAAACUCAAUAGGUUCAAAAACCUUUGCCAGAUGACAAUUUUGAGAGGCUAGACAGACUAAUUUAACACUUAGAAAUAUGA